UGAGGGGUUGGGCUUCUUUGUUUGUGCUGGCCAGACGACGGAGAAGGCGACCAUCAGAAAGGAGAAGCACCUGGAAGAGGAGACUGAUGAGGACGAGGGAGUCAUCUACAAAAUCGAAGUUCCGGCGAACAGGUGACUGCGAAGUUGAUUCGGCAUUCGGUUAGAUGUUGUGUGUUUCGGAUGGGCGCGCUCUUCUUUUCAACGGAGCGCGCGCUAUUUCUUCCCGCUUCUGCCUCUCUCUUCCUCAAGCACUCCUCUCCUCUCUGUCCCGAGUCCUCUCACUCACCCCAAGCGCCCCCUCCUCUCUGUCUCGAGCCCUCUCACUCACCCUAAGCGCUUCCCUCCUCGCCUCGUUCUUGGUCGAUGAUGGCGGAGCUCUGCUUGAUGGCUUCGCAUGGUUAUCCGCCGAGCCUCGUUCUUGGUCAGGAGCAAGGGCGCGAGCAGAGUCGUCAGGGAUCUUCAGCCAAUUUUGCCUGCUGCUAGGACAAGACAAGACAUUAUAAGAUUGGGAUCCAUGACCCUCAGUCCUAAUCAAUUGAAGGAGGCAGUGGAAUCCCUAUAUGUACUGUUAGCAGCAAAGCGGUGUGUGCAGAUUGAUUCUGUGGAGAAAGAUCCCGUGAUUCUAGAUUUGCAAGAUGUCCACUCAACUACUGGGCCCCUAGGCACCGGAAUUGCCGAACGAUCCACCAUGCAGAGAGAAGUCUUUGAGUUUAGCAUGUCUGGAUUGAGUUGUGCUGAAAAGGCUGGACUAGAUAUGUCUCUAGUAUCUGAUUUAACGGGUCUUCACUCAGUGGAAACUGACAUGCAUCGCCUGCCCAUCAUUCCUUGUCUCGUCUACCCUAACUUUCAAUUUUCCACUCAGAGCGCUCUCUCAGAUUUCAUGGGAGAUUUGGUCCGAAAUUCAAAAAUAACCAUUAACUCUGAUGGUAGAGUCUUGAUCGCAGCUAGUGGGGCUGAGAUGAAGGAUCUCCUCUCAAUUGUAGCGGAGUUUUACCUAUCGAGGAACUUAACUCAAGGGAGAAAGCUUUCGAUGCCAGUUCCUUAUGACAACAACCACCUCAUAUGCUUAGAAACUGCAAAAGAGGAGGUAGACAAAAUUAUGGUUACUGAUGCACCACUUCUCUUUCCUCCUGGACAGCUGGCAUUGGCGGCUUUGCGUCAUGCUAAUGAGGUGCAUAGAGUUCUGGACUAUGAAAGAUACCUAGAGAACAUGCUCAUACGCCAAAAUUCCAUUAACAGCAGCACAGAGCUCAUUCAGCAUCUGAAUGCGAUAGAUUCCUCGGAAAUGCAUAGAUACGACUUGCUUUGCCUCGAAGGGCUUGCUCAGGCCCUACGUGUAUUCAAUAAGCAGGAGGAGACACCUCAAUACAGUCUUCGUAACAUCAGCAGGGAUCAAUGCUUAAGAUGCAUGUAAAACCAGAGACCUCACAAAUCCGUCCAUACGUUGUUUCUGCUGUCUUAAGAGGGAUAACAUUUGAUGAAGCCAGUUAUAACAGCUUCAUUGAUCUUCAAGACAAGCUCCAUCAGAACAUUUGCCGAAUUGUGCUGUCUCUGCCGCCAAUUAUCAAUGGUGCACAUCCGGCAAAAACUUUAAAGACAAAAAAUGUUCUUAUUGAAUGUACUGCGAUGGACUUAACAAAGGCUAAGAUAGUUCUAAAUACAAUGGUGACAAUCUUCUCAGCAUACUGUGGGAAGAAGUAUGAAGUUGAACCAGUUGAAGUGAUAUACUCUAAUGGGGAGUCAUUCGUUUAUUCUGAUUUGUCCCUAUACAAUAUGGAAGUGUCCUUAUCUUAUGUCAACGAUUCAAUUGGAGUCGCCUUGAAAGCUGAAGAGGUAUUGUGAAUAUUCAUUUCAAGCUGGAGUUUAAAUGUUCGCAUUAGGUGGAUGUGAGCUUAUAUUAGAGUUGGUUGGUUAUAUUAUUCUCUCAUCAGUUGAGUUAAAUUUUUUGUUCGCCAUUUGCUAUUGUGCUAUUUUGUUGCUACAAUGAUAUCUAACAAUGACCUUGUUUUAUUUAUUGGGUGGCCAUCUCUCUCGCUCGCUCUGUC